AUGCAGAGCUCCGAUUUCGAGCCAAUUGCCGUCAUCGGGUUUGGCCUUAAGCUCCCUCAACAAGCAUCGACUUCAGCAGGCUUUUGGGACCUUCUCAUCCAAGGCCGUUCGGCACGUACAGAAACUCCUGCCGAUCGGUUCAAUGCGGAGGCUUUCUAUAAGGCAACGGCUACUGGUGACAGACAAAGAAUAAACUUACAUGGGCAUUACAUUGCCGAAUCCUUGGACCGCUUCGAUGCUCCCUUUUUCUCCAUAUCUCCCCAUGAAGCAGAAUGCAUGGAUCCACAGCAGCGAUGGCUCCUCAAAGUGGCAUAUCAUGCACUGGAGAAUGGUACGCAUUCGUAUGCUCCUCAGCAUAGGCAGGCUGCUAACGACAAACAACAGCAGGCCUUAGCAUUGAAGAAGUAG